AAUAAAAAUCCAUUCAAACAAAUCAAUUAAUCAACAAAUAAACAAAAUAUAUAUAUUCACUUCAUUCUUGUUCAAUAAGUUAUUUUCAGUUUGCACAACUCAGAUCGCACACGCUUCAUCUCUUCCACUUCAACAAUGUCUUCCCCUGGCGAAUGGUAUAACUCACUUCCACCUAUAAGCAAAGCUUAUGGGACAUUGUGUUUAGCAACUACUAUAGCAGUUCAGAUUGGGGUCCUUGCUCCUGGUUUUAUAGCAUUGGCAUAUGAGUAUGUAUUUUACCGUUUUCAGGUAUGGAGGCUUUUUACAAACUUCUUUUUCCUUGGCGGUUUUUCUAUUAAUUUUGGCAUUCGACUUUUGAUGCUAGCAAGAUAUGGAGUACAGUUGGAGAAUGGGCCCUUUCAACGGCGCACUGCAGAUUUCUUGUGGAUGAUGAUAUUCGGAGCAUUGACAUUACUGGCAUUGUCUGCUAUCCCCGGGUUCCAGUCCUACUUCUUGGGGAUAUCGCUGGUAUUUAUGCUUCUUUAUGUGUGGAGUAGAGAAUUUCCCACGGGCAACAUUAACAUAUACGGGCUUGUAACACUAAAGGCUUUUUAUUUACCUUGGGCAAUGCUUGCGAUGGAUGUUAUUUUUGGUUCACCACUUGUGCCUGAUCUGCUGGGUAUUCUUGCUGGACAUUUGUACUACUUCUUGACUGUGUUGCAUCCACUAGCUGGUGGAAAGACUAUGCUGCAGACUCCGAUGUGGGUACAUAAAAUAGUUGCAAGAUGGAGAAUUGGAGCUCCCCCAACUACGCGUGCAGAGCCCGAUAGAAGUGGCAGUACUGCAUUUAGAGGAAGAUCUUACCGAGUUGGAGGCUAAGAAGUGGAAAUCUGUUGAAGCUCUCUUUCAUAAGAAAGUCAUAGAUAUAUAUCAUUUGACAGGAUCUUAGGUUCUUUUUGUUUGCUACUAUCAGUUUCUCUUGUAGUAUACUUUUGAACACCAAACGCUGGUUGUACCAUUAAAACUAGUAUUAACAAAACAUUUGUUAGUUGGCUGACAACCAUGAAUGAAAAGUCAUUUUAAAAUGUUUAA